AUGGAUCGAUCGGAGCGGAAACAGAAGCCUAGCCCAUUCGUGCGAAGCUUUCUCAAGUACAUCUCUCAACACAGGCAUCGAGUGCCAGUCCCGGACGAACUUACAAUCACUCCGCCGAACACCGCGGUUGAAGAGCAGAAUGAAGUGCAGGCAAGUGGUACCUGGAAUGAGAACGGCAUGGAGCUGGAUCGCCCGGCGGCCCAGCCUGACGCAAGCAACGACAGGCUCGCGCAACGUCUUUAUUUUACUCCUACCCACCUAACUCCAAACAAGUUUGUUUGGAAUAUGAAGAAGCUUCGCCAGCUGGUCCUCCUUGUGUCUGGGUUGGAUUUGAUUACGUUGGUCAGCUCUCCAUGCCGAGUCCAUUCCCAGGAUAUGUUCAAAGCUGUCAGCGAGAGAAGUUGCCAAGGGAAUAUUGAUGGAUGUCGAUUAAUCUAUUCCCAUAGCGACGAAUGGACCGGCUCGCUCAUCUUCCCAAAGGUCUGGCGCCUGUUUUUGAACAGCAAAGACAGGAAACUCCUACUGUUCGCGCGACACCUUGCAAUCAAUUUCUCGGCUGAUCCGCAGAGUCGAAAGCAUGUCGCAUCCCUCUACAAUAGUUCAUUGGUAAUCAAACCCCUUCCAAAGAUGAGAACCGGUCAGGACAAGUAG